GUUUAGAGGAGCAAGCAGCAACAGGUCCACCUCCUGAAUGGGAGCUUUUGGUGGAUUCUGCGCCGGUAGCGUAAGACAAAGACCUGAGAUCAAGACAAAGAGACAAUCUGUGUUUCAUGAAAAGAAGCGUUGUUGAAGAAAUUGUGUUGUAUUCACACUGCUGUCUCAGAGGUGUCCUGGUCAAUCAAGUUCACACUGAUAGGAUUGAGUCAGUAGCCAGAAGCAGCUCUUUGCCAUGGAGGCUAUGCAUGUGCUGGACAACUGGAGAAAGGAUCUUAAUGUGUCACAGGGAGCUGUGGACAGCUCAGUGGACAUGGACCGCCUGAACAGGAACAUGCCUGAGUGUGGACGGCAAACCCACCAGGUGUUACAGAGCACUCCUCUGGACCUGAUUGAGAAUGGAAAGGGGCUGAAGUUCCAGGCAGAGCGCCCCCACCUGGUCAGCCUGGGCAGUGGACGACUGAGUACAGCCAUCACCCUGCUGCCUCUGCCUGAGGGCCAGACAACACUAGGUCAUGGUCCCAUGGACAUCAACAUCCAGGGCCCUGGAGUGGCUGCCCAGCACUGCUACAUAGAGAACAGGUCAGGGGUCAUCACGCUGCACCCCUGUGGGAACUUCUGUGCUAUUGACGGGCUCCAGGUCACACAGCCCGUCCGCCUAUCACAAGGCUGUAUGCUGUGUUUUGGCCAGUCAGCCUUCUUCCGCUUCAACCACCCUGAAGAAGCCUACAGGAUGAAGAGCAUGGUGCCCCAGGGAGGAAGUGUCUCCAGCAGGGACUACAGACUAUGCCCAGACACGGAGAGCUUCGUCAAUGGGAAUCACCAGGCCAGUCCAGCCCAGUCUCCUGCAGCUCCUGGAGAGAGAGUGCAGUCUGAGCACAGUGCAAUCGUCAGCUCUAUUGAGAAGGACCUCCAGGACAUCAUGGACUCCCUAGUCAUGGAUGACCCCCAGCCUUCUUCCUCUGAGGGCAAAAAGCCUCCCGGAGGCCAACCUGUUGCCCACUCCCCCCUGUCGCCCAUGGUCAAUGGAGGUGGCCGGUAUCUGCUGUCCCCUCCUACCAGCCCAGGGGCCAUGUCCGUGGGGUCCAGCUAUGACAAUACGUCCCCUCCCUUCUCUCCCCUCUCCUCCCCCUCAGCGGCCAGCAGUGGGAGCUUUACAAGCCCGUCUCCUAGUGGAGGACCCCAGGACCAGAGUUCUUCUCUGCCGCCAGUGCCUGUACGCUCCUCCAGCUACAACUUCACCACCCAGCCUCUGCCUGUACCCCAGCCACGGACCAUACUGCCUAACUUCAGCAGCGGUGGGGUGGGCCACAAGGUUCAGGAAAGCCCCAGGCUGCAGAGGAAGGUUUUAACAGAGGCUCCUCCAAGCCCUAAGCCAAGCCGCAGAGGACUAGGCCAAGAUGGGUCUGAGAGCCCCCGGUUGACUCUGCUGUCCUCUAAUGAAUCUCUCAGUAGUAGAAACGUUGUGCCAAGUAGCCCCAGACUCACUCCCAAAUUCCCUAGCUGUCCAUCCCCAUCUCCCUCUAGUCCCAGGACCAAGACAACCACAGUGCUCCAGGAAAGACCUGCCAGCCCUUUCAGAGAGCAGACCAGUCUAACUGACAGUGCCAUAACCUCCAGCCCCUCCAGGCAGUUUUCCCAACCCACCAGAGCCUCCCAGCCUCCCUUGGACCCCAUCGUCCACAUCAUACAAGGAUCGCCGCUUCAGCAGCAUCCGCGUUCGCUGCAGCCCCCUGAAAGCCCUCGCACGGUCAGGAGAAACAUGGAGCUGAAUGGCGGCAGUGGAGGGGGCAGCAGCAUGAGAGAGCUGCCACCUCUUAGCCCCUCCAUGGCUCGAAGAGGGGUACCGGUACUCCCAGGGGCGCUUCCAGGGACAAUCCCCACCUUGAGAACUCCAGAAAGCCCCACAAGUCUGGGCAAGCUUAUCCCAGAGAGUCCCAGGCUCCGACGCAAGACCGGAUCUACAUCCGAGGAGCCGACGUGCAGCAGGGGGAUCCGAGCCCGCAGUCCGUCGCCUACCUCUAUAAUGAUGGAGGGUGGCGGUGCUGGAGUACGGAAGGCGAGCUUUGGGAAUUCCCUGUCACCCGCUUACAGUCUGGGCUCUCUGCCUGGCUCGUCCCCCGUAGCCAGUCCCAGGUCCCAAAGGAAGAUGUCCGCAGGGAGACCCCACCCCGGGAUGAGGGAGAGAAAGAACAGCAUCACAGAGAUCAGCGACAACGAGGACGAGCUGCUGGAGUACCACCGACGACAGAGAGAGGAGAGGCUUCGAGAGCAGGAAAUGGAGAGACUGGAGAGACAGCGACUUGAGACCAUCCUAAACCUCUGUGCUGAAUACAACAAAGGAGAGAGCACCGGCCUGGACCCCCUGGGCUCAGGGAGGACAGGUUUCCCCGGGGGACUGGCAGACGGCUCAGGGCGGAGACCGUCCAUGGAGAAUGUCCUAGGAGGGACACCGUCCUCAGCCACCCUCCGCCUGCUCCAGAGACAGAGAGAGAGCGACGAGGAGAACCUGAAGGAGGAGUGUAGUAGUACAGAGAGCACUCAUCAGGAGGUGAGGACAUCCCCUGCUCUCAGCACAGCAUCAACACUGCACAAUGGAGACAGACAGCACGAGGACUCUUCCAGUUCAGGCAGCGCAGGUCGUCUGGAGCUGGGUUACCUGGAAGACGAGCGGGUUCGCGUUCUCUCUCGAAUCGAUGAGCUGAAAAGCCGGCUGACGGAGCUAGAGCAACAACUCCAGGAGUCCAAGCAAGAGGCGGAGAUGGAGCGUGCCUUGCUGCAGGGCGAGAGGCAGGCGGAGCUCGACCAGAUAGAAGCUGAAACGGACAUCAUCACCCAGCUGCAGCGCAAGCUGGACGAGCUGGAAAGCACCAUCCAGAGGGAGAAAGACAAGGAGAGGGCUAAUGUUGAGGCCGAGCGCCGGGCCCUGCAGAGCCUCCAGGAGGGCUACGCUGAGUUGGAGAACCAGCUUCAUAACUGUCCCGAGUCCCUGCGGGAACAGUUGCAGGAACAGCUCAAAAGGGACGGAGAGGCGCUGGAAACAGGAACCAAAAAGUUUGAGGACUUGGAGUUUCAGCAGCUGGAGAGAGAAAGCAGCCUGGAGGAGGAAAGAGAAACCAUCAGCCAGCAGCUGCUCCAGGAGAGAGCCGAGUACCACAGCAGUGUGGCCAGGAGGAAGGAGAAGGUGUCUUCUCUGGAGAACCAGGCCCACCAGCUUGGACUGCAGGCAUCUCAGGAGUGCGAGCGACUGGCCAAAGACCGGACCCUCACACUACAAAUGCUCCAAAAGGAGAAGGAGAGGCUGUCAGCCCUGGAGAAGAGAUACCACAGCCUGACGGGUGGAAAGAUCUUCCCCAAGUCCUGUUCUGCUAUGAGAGAAGACGCGCUCCGUAUCAGCGAGGCUGACCUGUUGUUGGAGGAUGUCCACUCCUCCCAGCAUUCCCUCUGUCGAGCCUCUCCUUCCUACUUACAUCCCUCCCCUCUCUGUCAGUUGUACCCCAGCAGCCCUACGGAGGAGUACAUGAAGCUGUCAGAUGUCUAUAAGAUGUACGGCAGCAGUGGCCUCCAUGAAAACAGCAAGCCCGCCUCUCACGGCCGCUCGUUUGCCAUAGAUGCUGCGUUAGCUGGCCCCUGCGAGGAGUAUGUGACAGUGGGCCAGCUAAAUCAGAUGUAUGGGAUGCCAAAGGUGGAGUCGUCCCCUACUUCCCCGCUUCGCCAGCCCCUGCAGUCUGGAGCAGUAGACCCCGCCUUCUCCUGCCUCCCCUAUCCUCACGGCUCCUCCCUCUCUCUUUCUGUGGAGUACCAGUCUGAGGGAAGUAGGCCUCACCUCCCCAAGCUAGAUUUAGAGCAGUGGUACCAGGAGCUGAUGACUGGCUCUGGCCAGCUCUGUCCUUCUCUGCCAGCCAAAUCACUGUCAGGCCGCAGGCCUGUGCUGCAGGUGUUCCGCUCUAAGCUGGACAGUGAUCCAGGCCUCUCUCUUCAUCAACCUAAAUCAGGCUCUGCAUCCCCUCUGCAGCACGGCGCAGCAACACUGGGACGCAACUCAAGCUCAAAGCAGAGCCCCCUGCUGGCGGCCAACAGCACUGGCAGUCUGCCCCGGAACCUUGCUGCAACCCUGCAGGACAUUGAGACCAAGAGACAGCUGGCUCUGCAGCAGAAAGGUCAGCAGGUGAUCGAUGAGCAGCGUCGCCGUCUGGCCGAGCUCAAACAGAGAGCAGCGGUGGAGGCUCAGUGUCAGUGGGAGGCACUCCACGGCUCUCAGUCCCACCUCAUGACUUCGACCUCCUCAUCGCCCUGCUACUCCCCGAUCAUGGCCUACAGCCCUGCGCUGAGCCACAGCUCUGUAGGCCCCCCCCCUCUGGUUCACCACUCCAUCCUGCACCACCAGCCCCCGUCAGCUGGCGAGCAGCCCUAUGACACCUUGAGCCUGGAGAGCUCCGACAGCAUGGACACCAGCGUGUCCACAGGGAACAACUCGGCUUGCUCACCAGAUAACAUGUCCAGUGUCGGAGGAGUGGACUCGCUGAAGAUUGAAGAGAUGGAGAAAAUGCUGAAGGAGGCGCAGCUGGAGAAAGCUAGACUUAUUGAAUCGCGGGAACGAGAGAGCCUGGCUCGGCGUCAGAUGCUGGAGGAGGAAAGGAGAAGGAGGGAGGAUGCGGAGAAAAGACUGCAGGAUGAAACCUUCCACCGGCAGCAGCUAGUGGAGAGGGAGGUCAAGAUGAGGUCCAAGAACUUCUCUCAGGCCCGUCCUAUGACUCGCUACCUUCCCAUUCGGAAGGAGGAGUUUGACCUGCGCUGCCAUGUCGAGUCGUCGGGCCACAGCGUGGAGACGUGCUACCACGUCAUCCUCACAGAGAAGAUGUGCAAGGGCUACUUGGUGAAGAUGGGGGGCAAGAUCAAGUCCUGGAAGAAGCGCUGGUUCGUCUUCGACCGCCUGAAAAGGACCUUCUCCUACUAUGUUGACAAACAUGAGACCAAGCUGAAGGGUGUGAUCUACUUCCAAGCAAUAGAAGAGGUCUAUUAUGAUCACCUCCGCAGUGCCACAAAGAGCCCGAACCCUUCCCUGACCUUCUGCGUUAAGACCCACGACCGGCUCUACUACAUGGUGGCCCCCGCAGCAGAGGCCAUGAGGAUCUGGAUGGAUGUGAUCGUCACGGGAGCCGAGGGUUACACGCAGUUUAUGAACUGAGAGAGACAGUGCAUCUGUGACGAGCAGAUAGUUUUGUCAGGGACUCUCCCAUCACAGACUCUACGGGCCCUUCCUGUUUCCAGUCCACAGCGGACACAACGCCUUGUUUGUUACUUUUCGUUUUUAAUCUCACACUUUGAUUUUACUAUGUAGAUGUCUUCACCUCCACAUUUUCUACGUGAGUCAGUUUGGAUUGAAAAAAGGGAGCCCUUGAAGGACAAACAUCUGUAUAUAAACCAAAAUGUAUACCUGUCAAAGACUUUUAAAAAGCCUUUCUAUAUUGCCAAAUGGAGAUCUUGUAGUUACUGUUACCUUUUGUAUUAUUUGUUUCCUUUCUUUAUUUUUUUUACUUCUAGAGAAAAUUGCCAAAUGACAUAAUGCCAAUGUUUUGUUUGAGUGUUCCAUCAUGACUAUGCUCAGUUUAGUCAGAGCAUAAAAUAAUCGUAAUUCAAAGGGUUAAUCAAUUUAGAAAUAUAUUUGAAAGAAUCUUAUUCAAAAUGUGUGAAUGAGAAAAAAUAGAAAUCAGUCAACAGGGACUGGAGAUGAUCUAAGAGUCCAGAGUAACCAUGAAACACAGUAAAACUUUGCAUCCAGUCCACAAGUCACUACACCUCAGUGCUGCUCUUAGACUAACUCUAAAUCUACAGCACAUUAAGUUAUCCUGAGCUACAUCCUAGUCAUAUUACUUCACAUAGGCUCACCAAAGUAAUUGGAGGUAUUUUGUUAGGACUUUGACCCACUACAGCUCAGGAGUUCACUCUGCGGUUCGCACUAUGGUUCAACAAAUACACGGUUUGAAAAGCUGGUACUGAUAUUAUUAUGAGCUGCUCAUAAACAUUAUUUUGUGCAGUAUUUAGAAUAUAAAAAAUAUUACGAAAUAAAAACCUCUACUUAACGCAGAAUAAUGAAAUAACUUAAGGAUCAGCACAUUAGUUUGACUUUUUGGGAAAUCUACUUAUUUCCAUCUAGCUGUAAUUCUAAACAUGAAGCUAGAGCUAGGAGGCGGUUAGCUUAGCAUAAAGACUGGAAGCAGGGGGAAACGGCUAGCCGUGGCUCUGUCCAAAGGUAAAAAUAUCUUCUUACCAGCACUGCUAAAGGUCACUAAUGAAAAUGAUAUAUCUAAUUUGUUUAAUCGGCCAGUGAAUUUUACCAGUGUUUCCAGUCUUUAAAGCUAAGCUAAGCUUACAGGUUCCUUAUUCUCUAAGCUCGAGCUGUUUUUUUUCGAUUGAUACCACUUUCACAUCUGUAUGCUAAAUGAAAAAGAAGCUACUGCCAGCAGCCAGUUCGUUUAGCUUAGCAUUAACACUGGGAGACAGCUAGCCUAGGUACGUUCCAAUACUCACUAAUUCAUAUGUUGUACCUUGCUUGUGUAAUUGGUAGUUAUGUUUCGACAGACACAGGCUACCCUCUUCCCCCUUGAAUCUAGUCUUUAUGCUAGGCUAAGCUAACUGACCCUGACCAUAACUUUAAAUUUAGCAUACAGACAGGAAUAAAGUAAAUAAGCGUGUUUCUCCAAAAUCAUCAUAAUUCUUAAGAAGGAAAGUCUCCAUCUGCUUCCAGCCUUUGUGCUAAGCUAGGUUGUACAAGCCAGGCUCAACAUGCCUUUAAAGAAUUUACAAAUUUGUAAAAAGAUUUUAUGUAAUAAAAAAGAAAGGAGGAAAAUCAGUUGGAGGACAAUCACCGGAUGAUAUCCAACACUCAGAAGUUGACUCCCCAAAAACCCAGUGUAUUGAUCUAACCACAGCUGCCACAUUCUCAGUGUACAUGUAAAUAUGUUGAACAUUAUCUCACUGUCUCUGUAUGAUGCCGCCAUGUUGCCAGGUGCAAACUGCAUAUCCAUGUGUGCACAGCUACAAACAGAAAAUAUCAUCUAUUUGCCAAGUAGCCUUUAGCUAACUUGAUGAUGCGACAACACAGCUGGGAAGCAGCCAUCAUCACUGCCAGCCUAAAGCAGCCACCACUAGAGUGCGCUACAGAGACCACACAGGAUCAACGAUACGGACUAAUGCAAUUCUCAACUGUGCCUUGACUAUGUGUUGUUGUGGAUCCCGUGUCUGUGAGUCCAGCAGAGCCUCGCUGGAAGGCUACAAUCGUAUGAACGCAUUUAAAUUAGUUUCUGAGCUCUAAUGCAGUACAGGUUCACAUGAGGGGACGUCUGCCUGUAGCCUCAUUACAGUUACUGAAGGCCCUGAGCACAGUGGGGAUCAGCUAGCUCACUGUCAUUAUUUAAACUUAACUUAAACACCCUUAUGUUAUUAAAGGAGCAGUCCCCCAGUUUUUCAGUUCACUGUUCUCGUAGGCUGAGUAGAGAACAGUUGUAUAAUGUCUUUGUUGAGUGUUUCAUCAUUGAGCUUGGAGACUACAAACUCAUAACGGAAAGCCUGUGUUACAAACUGGGGGCAUGGAGGUUGUGUGUUUACCAGUUAGGGAGAGUAAUUAAAGACACUGGUUGCAUUAUGGGAAAUUUACUCAGAAGAGAGUAAAAGUCGAGAUGUCUCGACCACUGCUGCUUCGAGUUGUCUCGGUUCCCCUAACUUGCGAUACUCAAUAGCGUGGGUGCUCCUUUAAAUUUUAACCAAUCAAAAAGGUGCAGCAAAAAGCUUGGGUUUAGUGUGUGCAAAAAGAGUUUAAACUCAGACAAAUGUCGCCAUUAUUUUUGCACAUUCAGUAGCGGGGUUAACUCAUCACAACUUAGUUUGCCAACUUUUUAUUUGCAAAAAUGUUCAGGCAUUGUCUUUAAUGUUCAGUUCAGAUUAUACUGUAUAUCAUGCAAAGCAUUCUUCACAAUUAUGGGUACUUAAAUGUAAAAAUAAAUGGUAAUAUGAGACUAUAUACCCUCUUGAAAUGUGGUUCUAAAAUCAAUACUUAUUGAUUGUAGCCGUAUUAUUCAAAAAAUCUGUUGUCUACAUUUUUAAUUUAAAACCACAACUUUGAAUUCCAACAGUGAUAAAAUCUUGACUCCCUGCUUUAAAUCCCCACUGUGAGCAGAGGCCUGCGUGCAUGAGGGUGGAUGAAGAAAUGUACUUCAGCUUUAACAGACUGUAACUGACCAGGCUCGCCUGGUGUCUUUGUCGUCAAGUGUUUAUCAUCACAUUGUGAGCGUAUUGAUUGGCUGUGAACAUGACCAUUUGUAGUUAGCAGACGCCGGAUGCCGUUGUCAGUUUUGUAGAAGCAGAGUACAAAACUACGCUGUGAUUUUCGGAGCAUGUGGAACUGUUGUUUAGUUUCAUGUGUUGGUACAGUGAUGAUAAUUUAUAGUUGUGGUGCCUGAAAUAGUGACACGUUUACUUAAAAAAAAAAAAAAUACAGACUAGUGAAAAGACCUUAAUAUAUUCUGUCCCCCUUGCCUUUACUUUUCCUGCACAGUUAACAUGUGCAAACCAAACUAUUCAACACUGGCAAGGCUGUUAAAUCAUGUCUGUUGAUAGUAGUUGGUAUAUACAUUACUGUUAUCUAUGUUGAUGAGAAAGGAAACUAAAUAUAAUGUAAAGAGGAUGCCCAAAUGAAAAAAAUAUCUUGCUAUUGAAAAGAGAUGAAACAGUAUUGUAUUAAAAGAAGUACACUUUUUACUUAUUUUUUGUCAUUUUAGAAAUUUUAUUGUCAGUUACAUUUCAGAAAUUGUAUGGUAGUGAUGUAUCACUCUACCUUUUUUUAUUUUUAUUUACUGGUACAGCAGAACACACACACACACAA